CCAUUUCAUCCAACUCGCUUCCUAACAGAAACAUCAUUGUCUUCUUUCUUGCUCUGUGUUCCCAAUCGGGUUGCCGCCGCCGGAUCUUGCGGGAGAGCAUAGCCGCUGGAUCCCCAGCGAUGGCCUCGGCCUGCGUCAACGACGCCGCCCCGCCGCCGGACACCGCCUUCCUCGACUUUGCCCCGGCAUGCCCCGUCUACGGCUGGCUCAGCCCUAGGAUCUCCUUCAGCCGCGACCUCGCUGACGGCUCUGGGCCUGACCCUGAGCCCGUUGCCGCUGCGGUGACGGAGACCCCGGAUGCGGACGACCCGGGCAAGGAUCUUCCGGACUUCGAGUUCCGCCUCGAGGAUCCCGUCGCGAUGCUGCCUGCCGACGAGCUGUUCUCGGACGGGAAACUGGUCCCGCUCCAGAUCUCCGCAGUGCGGCCUGCUGUGGAGCUGGCCGAGGGGAUCCCCUCGCCGGAGGCGGAGAAGCCCCGUGGGGAAGCGGAGGUCAUCGGAUCGGAGUCCUGCGAGAAGUCCCCCAAGGCGCCGCGGUGCUCCAACCGGUGGAGGGAUCUACUCGGCCUCAAGAAACUGCAGAACCUGAAGGCGGAGUCCCAGAAGACAGCGUCGCUUCCUUGUAAGGGCCUGAACUCAAGCACCAGAUCCCUCCGCAAUCUUCUCCGUCAACCGAAGCCCUCCUCUUCCGCCGAUUCCUCCCUUAGCGUCCCGCUUCUCCGCGACUCGGAAUCGGAACUGGCCUCCAUCUCUGCCCGCCGCUCCCUAUCCUCGUCCGGCGCCGACCAUGAAGAGCUCCCGCGCCUGUCCCUCGACUCCGAGAAGCCGGCCCAAGCGCCGCCCCGAGUUCGGCUGUCACGGCCGAGGGGCACCACACCAGAGGGGGUGCCGAACGCGGGGCGGAGCCCGGUGAGGCGUGGGGCAGAGGUGGACAGCCCGCGGAUGAACGCUUCGGGGAAGGUGGUGUUCCAGGGCCUGGAACGAAGCUCGAGUAGCCCGGGGAGCUUCCACGGCGGUGGCCACCAUCAUCACCACCGGGUAAAGCCGUACCGGGGGAUGGAGCGGUCGUACUCGGCCAACGUCCGAGUAGCCCCGGUCCUCAACGUGGUCCCAGUCGGCUCGCUCCGGGUCGGCUUGGGCCAGCUCUUCUCGCCUAUCAAGAAGGAGAGGGACGUGAAUUCUCACAACGGCGGCGGCAGCAGCAGCAGAAGAAAGAUCAUCGACAAGGAGAAGGCCUGAAGGAAACUACCGCCGCAUGGCCACGAAGCAAAAGCAAAAGUAGCGGGCCCCGUCGACGCAUCCAAUCAGAUGCAGGUGGGUGUGAGGGUAACUCUCUCUCGGUUAUUCACUUUGGUCUGUCCGUCCAAGACCGCCCAUCUCACCGUCUUUUUAAUCUGAACCGUCGGUGCAUAUCGGACAAGAUUUAAGACCUAAAAUGUUAAGCUGGGUUGUUGGGAGAUGGUGAAGGAUGUGAAUGAGAACCGAGGCCUGGCGAUGAUGGCUCUGCCGAAUAAUAUCGCACGUCGGUCUGAUCCGAAACCCAGACCUCGUUCUGAUGGAAGCAUGUGAUGGUGCUGUUGAGAAAAAGUGUUUAGGUUAUGAAGCGGGAGUCAAAGUUGGACUGAUGGGAGGGGGUGCGCUCGGGGCGCAGCGUCUGAGGGAUGAGUUUCUUUCUCGAAAUUUAAAAUGAGUGUUUCUGUGCCGCGGGGGCAGGCUUUUCAGAGGCCCAGCACCUGCCUCUGCGCUCAAAGAUUCCCUGGUCAAGACUGAUUUAUUGUGUUCUGGGUUAGA